CGAAAUAGAGCCUCUGCGAAGUCUUAAAGCAUUUGAGAACCUAGAAUGUUUCCGGGUGCUUAUUCCUGAAGGUAAACAAUCGAUAGCAUACUUUGGUUGCCAUCGCCCUAUUCAUUCCUGCUUUGAUUCAAAGAGCAAAGAUAUCGUGUGAAAAUUUCGUGAGCAGAAUCGAGUGGAGCCAUGAUAUGAACUGACGGCAACAAGCGGCAAUAUACACGACUUCGUCAUGAUUUCGAAGCAUCUUUUCUGUAUUCUUGUCUUCUUCAUUAACUUGAACUGCAUUCCUGCUAGCGAAACCUACAAGUCUAUCAUGUGGGAUCCCGAGAAUCCGUCAUUUAUUGUUGGAAAUUCCGACUGCCCCUACAAGUACAAGCAUCUGAAAAUCCGUUCUGCAUCAAAAAUACAAUUUAUUUGUCCAAAUGUUGCCACUGUCCUGCGGACAACUUCAGAAGAAGUUUCAAAAACAAACAAGUUUGAAAACCUCUGGCUAUUGUACAACAAAGACAGCUUUGAUAAAUGCGACACAACGCUAGAUGAAAACGUUACUCAGCCUGCCCUCCGUUGCAACGAGCCAACACAGCUGCAAUUUCAUUCUAUUACAUUUCAGCGCUUUGCAGCCACACCAGGCGAGCCUGAAUUCAAAAAAGGACAUUCCUAUUACAUUAUCGCAACUUCUGAUGGAAAAUCUUCGAACAUUAAUGCCACAAGUGGAGGCCACUGUAAUGACACUGGCAAAAACGUUUCCAUGAAAAUUGAAGUUUAUGUUUGCAAUGAAACAGACCAGGUUGAAGAUGAAAUGUGCAAAAAUGGUGUUGGUGAACUGACAUGCCCAGGUGACACUUCCUCAAGCUCAUCAUGCCCAGGUGACACUUCCUCAAGCUCAUCCUUGUCCACACCCACACCCACACCCUCCACUCCACAUGUUACAAUGUCAUCUACACCCUUUGAGACAACCGCAACCCAGAUACCCACACCCACAACAGUGGCGACAACUUCUACAAAUUCGGCAAUAGCAACAAAGGAACCUCAUGAAACAACAUUAGAAACAACAGUAAGAGAAGGAAAACUGAGGGCUCAGAAGGGUGAUUCAAAUGGAGACAGUGAAACAGUUUGGAUGGUUACAGCAUGCAUAUUCAUGGUCCUCAGUGUUGCAAUUGUCAUCGCCAUGAUUUGGUAUAUCUUUUUUUUCGGAAAAAAGAAGGGGUGCCAAUAUGAGCCAAGAAAAGUUACACCAGAUCAUCAAUAUGGCAGCAAGAAUCCUGCUUUCAAACAUGAUCAUGAAGGCUUUGCUGAAUCAGAAACUGGAAGUCAGAUUCCUGACAAAGAAGGCGGCGUUGUCAUAUAUAAUAAAGAAGUGUUUUACAAUAAGGAUGAUGGAGGUGAGAAUGACAAGAAAAAUCUACCAGUCUAAAUGAAUUUAAUAUUCGUCUGUUAUCGCAUGAUUAUUUCCAUUCCUGUGACAUAGACUUCAAAACUAUUCUAGAUUAAUACCAGUAGAUACUAAAGUUAAAGCGCACAUACUGAUGAAUUGAGAUCACUGAGCCUCUAAGCAAGUUCUCUUCCAAGAGCUGUCAAGAGAGCUUGUUUUCACGCUACACCAACAGGGAUUAGCUUGUUUUCUUUGACUGGCCAUCA